GCGGCGCUCCGUGAGAAUGCUUCCAGGCGCGAUGGCAAAAGCUGGGCACUUCGACAGCGGUUGCAGGAAUCCUUGGAAUCACUGACACAGCUCGUGCGCGAGAAGGAGCAAGGCCAGGGUCAUCUGGCCUUGAGAUUUCACAAGCGGUUGAUUGCUGAGCUCAAGAAAGUGUGUUGGUCAAAGAAGAAGCAGAAGUCAGUUUGCCGCAUCAUGCUCGAGGAAGCAAAGCUCGUUCUGCGUCUGCAGACGGAACCCACUGACGGGCAAGACAUCGACGCCGGCCAGCAGCAGCUGUGGUAUCACCCCGGCUUUGUCAACUACACCACGUGGAACUUGACCUUGCAUCGCUUGCUGGAAGAUCCUGAAGGAGAGUCUCGCUCAGAUGGUUCGCCAUGCAUUUGCCUGAAGUCUGCUUGCUUCAGGCCGGAUGCAGCAAGCAGCCGGGAUUGUUUCUUGACAUCGCUGCAAGCUUUUGUGCAAGACAUCGAUUUUUCGGCGGCGUACCGCAUGGACUUGUUCAAGAUAGACCAGUCUGUGGAUGCCCUUGCAAUGGGCCGCAUGAGGUUGGGCUAUGUCAGGCUGCUGCCUGUCGCAGCAUCCGAUGCUGCCGAGCCAACCACAGGCUUGGAUGUUUGGCGUGGGCAUGACUGCGAGAAUAACAGGAAACGCGAUAAUGCCAGGAAACGGCGAGCACCAACAGGGCCACGGCAUCGACGACCUGCUAGUGCUCCACGCAGAGGUCCAGGCAGGGCAGCAGCAGCAGCAGCUGACGAGGCACACGAGCUCAUGGACGCUGCAGACGUAGUUGAAGCUCCGCUGGAUAUGGAGGUGGACUCAACAGGCUCAGCUUCUGAAGCCGGGAGCUUGGAGGUUUCGGAGGAUGAGGGCUACGAGGGCAGCGAUCCAGAAGAUGGCGAGGUCUCUGCAGCAAGCAACGCCGCAUCUGAUGAGUCAGAAAACCUGGAAGCCAUGAUGGAGGAGCUUGAGCUGGAGCGCCGUGCUGCGGCAGCCGCAGCCAGGGGUGCCGCCGACCAGACCAGCUCCGGCAGCAGCAACGAUGACAGUAGUGACUCGAGCUCUAGCAGUAGCAGCUCCAGCAGCUCUAGCUCUGACAGUAGCAGCGCAGGCGCGCAACAAGAUCUCGAUGAUGCUCAGGCUGGCCGACAGGCCGUUCACAUGGUGCGAGCUGCAGCAGUGCGUGAGGAAGUGUUCGUGUUGGCUGGUGGUCUUGGUGAGCUUCAUUUCAGCAUGUCUGGAGAAUACAUCCGGGCACAUUGCUCUGCCCAUGAUGCAUGCAGAAGGCAGCGCACAAUCUAUGCAUCAAGUGCCCCAAGCCGGGAAGGACAGGGACGACCAGUGGGACUGCUGCUGGCUUGGCUUCAGAGAGGCCAAACAGUUGCUAGCGCCAAGGAGCAUACUGCAAUGAAAGCAAGAAGCUUUUCGCACCGGGAGCGGAAAAAGGCACGGGAAGACUUCUACGAACAGCCUGGUGCCGAGGCAUGGGCGAAUACCUAUGAGCGGCAGCAACACGAUGGCGAGGGACUGGAACCCAAGUCUGUACCCUAA